CUCCGCCCCGAGCCAAUGGCGGCUCCGGCGACGCUGUCCCUCCGCCCCUGCGCGACCCUAGCGCCUUCUAGGUCCGCGCUCCCCGUCGCGCGAUUCGCGUCCUCUAGUCGCCCCGCCCCCUCGCUCUCCAUCUCCUGCCCGCCGAGGCGUUUCAAGAGCCUCCGCCGCGCCCUCGCCGUCGGAUCCGACCAGCAAGCCUCCGCAGCGUCUUCCGUGAAACAGGAGGAGAAGCCGCGGACGUACUACUUCCUGGUGGCGAACGCGAAGUUCAUGCUGGACGAUGAGGAGCACUUCCAGGAGCAGCUCCAGGAGAAGCUGAGGCUCUACGAGGAGCGCAGCAUGGAGCAGGACUUCUGGCUCGUCAUUGAGCCCAAGUUUCUUGACAAGUUCCCCAACGUCACCAAGCGGCUCAAGCGCCCCGCCGUCGCGCUCGUAUCCACCGACCGCAACUGGAUCAGAUUCAUGAAACUAAGGCUGGACAGGGUUUUAGCAGAGCAGUUUGAUGCAGAAACACUUGAAGAAGCACUCGCUUCUAACCCUGCUGAGUUGAAUUUUGAUAAGCCUGACAAAUGGACAGCUCCAUACCCAAAAUAUGAGUCUGGAUGGUGGGAGGCCUUCUUACCUCCAAAGUCUAGCAAUGGCACGGCUUAAAGAUUCAAUCCAUGCUCUGUGAAUUUUUCUUCAUGUAAGUGAUGAAUGUAAGUUUUGAUUUUCACUAUGUUUAUGUAGUCCUUGAGUUUGUGAGAGUACAGUUAGCUACAUUAGCUGCAGAGAUUGUUACUUUUUGAUAAUACCAAAUAAGCAGUGGUGACAUUCGAAGUCA